GCUGAUGAGUGACGCGCGCAGUGCUUCCCCUGCGUUGGUUCUUUCGCCAAAAUGGGCGACGUAUUUUGCCUCGUCAUAUUACAAAACGGCAACCGACGAAAGCUGAAGCUGGCGACGGGAACCUACGCCGAGUUCCUGGAGAAGCUGACGGCAGUCGUGGAUGUCGAUCUCGAAAACACGCUGAUCCAGAUAUUUGACACUGACCUGGACGACUUUGUGGACCUCGUAUCUGAAGACGAAAUUCCAAACAAAGCAAAGCUACGUGUCGUCUCGAGGAGCACUUCAAUUCUGUGCAAUGCAGCAGUGGCUGCUAAUGCGCAGAACGUUGCAGCCACUUCUCCACAAAAUCAGAUCGUGACGCAAAUUGAAGACGCACCACAUGCAGUUCUGUCGUACAAGCAAGUGAGUGGCAGUGACAAGAUGCAAGUUGACGAUGCUGCCAUCAGCCACAUGUCAAUGCACGACAGCGAUGACCAUCUCAAGUUCGUGCUGCCUCCAUCCUUUGGCAUCUGGUGCGACACUUUUUUGCGGAGCAAACAGCCACUCACUGAGAAAGUCAAGAUGCAUAUCAUUUCUGUUCUCUUCAAGGCUUGCUACAGGAUCACUGCACAUCCAACACCGAGGCUGUACAACAAAGUACUUGACUCGCUGGUGGCGAAAUACCCACACGUGAUGGAAGGAAAGUACAACAGGCGCCGCUGGUUGAUCGCCCUGAGGAGCUGGUUCAAAAAUGAGCGUGAGAACCUCACAGUCGCUUCAGGUGCUGCGGUCGAAACGCAGGAAAUGUGUGGACUCAACUUGUCGCAGGCCGAUGCCGACGACGAGUCCACCUAUGCUCAUGCACAGCAUGCGGUGAGUACACAAAGCUGUGAAGUUACCAGCAAAAGGUAACAGUGUUGCAGCCAGAGUUAUGUGGAGCAGAAAAGUAA